AUGCCUUUUUUGGAUAUUGUUUUUGAGAAAAAUGUAUAUGAUAGUGAGGAAAUUAAUAAUAAAGAUGAAAACCAAGGCAAUAAUAAAACAAACAAACCAAAUCAGACUAAUAGUUAUCAAUUACCAUGUUUAAAUACACUAAGUGCAAAUUUGUCUACACUACAAAGCCAUCCUAAUAACAAUUUUCAAAGAGUGACAAGUGAACAACAACUCCCUUAUAGUUUGGCUCAAUGUUUUAAACAGAGAACUGAAAUACAUACGCUGUUUUCAAAUAGUAUAUCCAUAGUAGAAUCCAAUUCAAUUAGUUGGCAAAAUCAAUCUUUAAUAAGAAAAUCAGAAGUAGUAGCUGUUUUAAUUUAG